AUGAAAGACCAGGAGGUGGCUCCUGGCACACUAUAUGCUGAUUUGCUAAGCAAAGUAGUACGGAUGCUAGUUGUCUUUGUGAUGCUUGCUUGGAAGACCAGGAGGUGGCUCUUGGCACUUGUCUGUAGGACCGAAGGGGUGGCCCCCGGCUUGGCAAGAAAGACCAUGUGGUGGCCCGUGGCAUAUAAUGGCAAGACUAUGGUGAUGUAUUUUUCGUUUGCAGAAGAUGAAGCUAGGAAACAGUUGAUUCAAGAUGAUGUUGAUAAUGGACAAUUGGAUAUAAUAUUUGUCUUUGGAAUACGGUUAAUGCCAGAAAGGAGAGAAAAGAUGGAAUAA